GUCGCUUCUGUGCUUGACUGAAUGAGCAAAGGAAAUUGUAGCAAAUCGUUCCUACAAAAGUUACAAGGGUCAAACUCUGUAAUUGACAACAUGACGCACAGAUAUGUUCGUCUGUUCCCAAUACUGUUAGGAACAUCAAGACCAGGUGUUGCAAAUAGACCUUUCGCCCUAAACUGCACACGAUCUAUAGCUUCGUCUCAAAACGAUGUAGUAGACCUCACCGAAAAUCCAUUCUUUCAAAAGUAUGCAGACAAAAUACAACACCUACAAAAGUCCAAUCCUGAAGAAUACCGAAAAAGAUUGGACCAACUGAAAGCAUUAAAACAGUCGAAAAGAGAAGAAGGUAAAGUGGAAACCGAGAACAAAACAAGCCAAAAAUCAACCGAAAAAAAAUUGCCUGUGACUAAAAAGACUAAAACACUGGAUGAUAUUUUAAAAUUGGAAAUGGUAAUGAAGUUAAAGGCAGAAGAUAUCCAGAAAUUGUGGGUGGACAGAUAUGCAAAUAAAGAUGCUGUGUGCGCUGUGAUAUCUUCCCAAUCAUACUGCGUUAUAAGAACCAUACUUGAGAAAUAUCCUGUGUUUGUUUUCCCCCUUCCACGCAAAGAUGGGUACGAGAUAUUUGUUGGCCAAUUUUCCAACAACGACAUAUACUUCACAUCGCUUAUCAAUUAUCAACAACACAAAGAAAAUGCUCCCAGCCAACUUACACUCAACCAUUUUACUGAACUGGAGUCAGAAAAAGCCUGCAUUCCACACGAAAAAUGAAAAUAAGUGAGCGCGGCGUGAGAGUAAUCUGAAAGAGAAAGGAAGAGAGGAAGCGAGCGAAGGAGUGAGAGCAAAAAAACGCUGGUUCGCCUUUUUUUAUUGCGAUUGAUUGGUACAUGCUAUUCCUGUCUCAGAAGACAAGCAUUUGAAGCUAUCAGUUGAGUUAGUAUGGUUCUUAUGGCUGAUCUUGAUUUACGCGCCCCUACUGUCCAGGCCGCAUCGUAUGAACGUGAUAACAGAACGAGUAGCUCAUUACUCGAUUCUCGACCCACUGCCCAACCAACGUCGUGGGGAAAUUAUUUCCGAGCAGCAAGACGAUACGCGCCAUAUUGUCCAAGUUGGUCACCCCCGAAAAACAGAUAUUUCAGCGGAUUACCUUCAUCAUCCAACGACAACGAAACAUUGUGUACGAAUUACAAAACGUUUCAAACUGGAAAAACACAAGAUCCCCGGUCAUACGUCGAAGGAAUGUCCGCUGCUGACCAUCGGGAACUUGCUCGUCGAUUCGCAAACCAAGUAGCUGAAAGGUUACCACGUUUAAACUUCGCAACUAAAGACGAACAUGAUAUGCGAAAUAUUAAGACAUCACCCACCAAAACUGGAUUUGCUGGACGCCUGGUAUUGUCAAGCAAAGGAGAAAAAAAAUAUCUUUGCGAAAACUGCGACCGUUGUUUUGCCGACCCUAGCAACCUUCAACGCCAUAUCCGCCAGCAACACGUGGGCGCAAGAGCGCAUCCAUGUCCAGAAUGCGGGAAGACGUUCGCUACAUCUUCUGGACUCAAACAGCAUCAGCAUAUACAUAGUAGUGUGAAGCCUUUCACGUGUGAAGUGUGCCACAAAUCCUACACACAGUUUAGCAAUCUCUGUCGACAUAAGCGCAUGCAGGCGAACUGUCGUGCUCAUAUGCGAUGCCAAAACUGCGACUCCCUAUUUCCGAACAUCAGCUCACUAACGAAACACCGGCGAUUCUGUACUGGAACGGCCAACGGCAGCACGACCAAAAAUCCCACAAAAGUUGGGAAUGGUGCUUCUAUGGCAGCGUCACCCAAAACUGAAUCAAAUUCAAGUCGACAAUCUUCUCCACAAAGUGUUGAGUCUCGUGCUUGCGAAUGGAACGAUACAACAAAAGGUCAAAUUUCGAAAGCUGUCGAAGCCGAAUGGUCCGAACGACUUCGCCGCUUAUACGCCAUGGCAGCAGAGUCCAGCACACGUGGUCUUGGGUCUGAAAUGCGGAUGAACCAAACCCGAAAAAAUUCUUACUUCUGCCAUGCGGAAAAAAACGGCGAACCAUUCGUUCGCUCGAAAAGGGGUUUUGCGGACGCACAAGUUCAAUGCAAUAAGCCCAAUGUUGAUUCCACCAUCGAGGCAACCACACAACGCACAACAACGUUCCCAAUUGUGUUAAAGGCAAAUUCUACACGAUUCUUACGUUCUUAUGCUCUCCCUAACUUCAGCGCAACAUCCAGACAUGCCGCUGUCCAGUUUGAUUCUUGUGAAAGUCUCAAGAGAUCAACCAAUCAACUACCUUCUCCAACAUCGCCGAUCGACCGACCAAAAGAGAAAAUUUGGAACCCACUGCUCUCCCCAUCUCCAAACGCACCAAAACGUUUACCAUCAUUCGACAGCUUCUCGCCGACAAAUUUCCCUGCGGUAAAACCGAACCCCGCAGCCGCCGCUGUAGCUGCAGCUUAUCUACUGUCCAGUAGCCAGGAGAAGCGCCACAGCACAUUUUCAGUUGCCAACUUCUCCAAGUCUUACUCGAAACCUUUUAGUUUUGACAUUCCCCUUGAACAACCUCGAGUUACUCCAGAACAGCCACUUGACCUGAGCAUGUCAUCCACCGUGAAGAAAAACAACGAUCAAACCACCAACAACACAAAUCAACAAAGCGUGGAAAACCUCAACAAGUGGAAGCAAUCCCUCAGUUUUCUAUACGAGGCUGGAAAACAUUUUGGGUCCUCUUCAUCGAUUUCAAAGUUCGGCAACUUCAACCCGUCUCAAUUUGCCACAGCUACAAGCGUACCAGCGUACCCACCGACAAUGUACUCCGGCUUUUCUCUUCCAACAAGAGAGUCGUCAUGGGCACCUCGCCCAUUAAGAGAGUCAACCUGUUUCACAGAUACCGCUGCUCAUAAAUACCAGUUCCAACCAAACGCCAUAGCUCCUUACUAUCAACAAUGCUUUGGGUUUGCACGGGAACGCUAUACUUGCAAAUUUUGCUUCAAAAACUUUCCCCGAAGUGCAAACCUCAUCCGACACGAGAGAACGCACACCGGAGAGCAACCGUACACCUGUCAAUACUGCGACCGAAGCUUUUCCAUAUCUUCAAACUUGCAACGUCAUGUACGAAACAUUCAUAAUAAGGAGAGACCAUUUGAAUGCCACUUUUGCGGAAGAGAGUUCAGUCAGCAGGCAAAUUUAGACCGUCAUCUCAAGCACCACGAAAAAAAUGCUACUCAUGAGAAAACGCGCAUGUAUUCCGAGAACUCCUCAUUUUACGAAGAUGAUGCGGAAGAAACGUCAUACGGUGAUACCUCUAAGGAUGAAGGAUUAUAUUCUUCAUCGUCUAUCAUUUCUAGCCAAACGAGUCCAUGCUCAUCAUCUGGCCACUCCAGCCACAUUUCUUUUCAUCGGCGCACGUCCAGCACCUCUUCUUCUAACGAUUCUGCUUUCACUUCUAACUCUCCAGUUGGCUGCCGUCCGGAGCCGAUCGACUUCCGAAUGGAGCAGUCGCUCUCUCCUGUUUUGCGACCCAUCCGAAAACUUGCUGCCAAUACUGAUUGUGAAAGCGAUGAAUCAAUGGAAAUCUACUGCAGUCCAAAUCUGAACGACAGUGCAGUAAAGAGUGCUACUGAAGGACUCAUGCGUCUUGUAAAUUCAGGCACACCAACUGUCAUUCAAAGUUAAGCUGGAUACUGCUUGAACUCAAUACAGACACUGCUAUUUCAGUGCGGUUUUACACCACUGUUACCUUUUUUGUUCCGAAAAUCGAGCCACUCUUGCAUGCAAGCAAAUAAGUUGAUGGCUGAUUUUUUUAUUUUUUAUUCAACCUCUGUUCGAGACUGCACACCGUGUGUAAUUUUACUUUCGGCAGCUUUGCGACAAUUUGUCCCUGUUUAUUUUACUCUCGCUUCAGUUGUUUUUGAUCUUUGUUUUGAACUAAACGCAUAUUCAGCUUAGCCUACGUGAACUAUACAGUGCCGUGUACAUAUCCGAAUACGAACAUCGCGCGU